AUGGUGUCAGGAAAUUUGAAUAGACACCUGUUAGAUGUUCAUGGACUGCAAAUAGAGCAGAAAAAAUUGUUUGUGUGCGCCCUGUGUAAUGAAAGAAGUACUUCUGAAAAGUGCCUGUUUGAACAUUUACAGUCGGCACAUGAAGUAGAUGUGAAAUGUGAAAUAUUACAUUUUAGCACCGCUGAUGAAUUUCAGAAGUGGAAGGAGGAAACUGAGCAGACAAUGCUAUCAAAGUUCGUCAAACGUCGUGGUUCCCAUGCUAAGAUUGAUUCAGAAGUUGUUUCUUAUAUUUGUCACCGGUCUGGUAAGUUUGUGUCUAGAGGAAAAAACGUGCGAUGUCUUAAAUUGCAAGGUAGUAGUAAGAUUGAUGCACUGUGCCCUGCUAAGAUGAGAGUAGAUAUGAAAAAGAAUGGAACCUGCUGUGUGAAAUAUGUUUCAACCCAUGUUGGCAACAAAUCCGAGUUAUGUCAUCUGCAAGUAACAAAAAGAGAAAGGGAAAGUAUUGCUGGAGAUAUAACAAGUGGCAUACCAUUCUCUGUCAUAUUGGACAAAAUUCGAGAUACAGUUGUAGAUUCGAACUUGGAAAGGAUACAUUUGAUUACGAGACAGGAUCUACAUAUUAUAGGUCAGUCUUAUGAUUUGUCCUUCAAGUCAAUAAGACACCAUAAUGAUGCAAUAAGUGUAGAAGCAUGGGUAAAUGAAGUAAAUGGUGGAGACAGUCCUUGUGUGCUUUGCUAUAAACCACAGGAUGUAGUCCUUGAUUCAUACCCACAAUUAAAGUGCUCUGAUUUUGCAUUGAUAAUUAUGAACAAUGCUCAAGGCGAGAUAUUAAAGAAAUAUGGGAACGACUGCGUUUGUGUUGAUGGGACACAUGGUCUUAAUGGAUAUCAUUUUGAACUUAUAACUCUACUAGUCCUAGACGAUCUGAGACAAGGGUUUCCAUGCGCGUUUCUAAUAUCUAACAGGAAUGACUCCCAGAUGCUGUCCAUAUUUUUCCAGCACAUAAAGAGGCAGGUUGGAUCAAUUUUGCCAAAUGUUUUUAUGUCGGAUUUGGCCGAGUCUUUCUUUAUUGCAUGGAAUGAUGUCAUGGCAGCUCCAUCUAUGCGACGUUAUUGUACAUGGCAUGUUGAUAGAUGCUGGAGGAAGAAUGUCAAAUGUAAGAUUCAAGGUGUAGAAAAACAAGGUGAAGUAUACAAGCAAAUCAGAACUUUUGAUGCAUGA